AUUAGUACCUGGAAAGAGAACCCAACCAAACAAGCAACAAAUUAAAAUAAAAGAGUUUUCCGUCAACUGAAUCUCCAUCGUCUUUCCCCUUCGCUUCCCUUUCUCGCCUUUUCCUUCGCUGCUUCUUCUUCCGUUUCACGAUCCGUUUUCUCUCUCUCUUUCUCGGUUUCUCUUCUUCUUCUUCUUCUUCUUCUUUUGUUUAGUGUUUGUGUGUGGUGUUGAUCGUUCAUGGUGAUCGAGCAUGACAUUGAGAGCUGCGGGAGCAGAGCGGUGCAGUUGUCGCACGCUAACCACCCUCGACACCACCGCCAGAAACUGGAGGUGUACAAUGAGGUGUUGCGGCGGAUUCAGGAUUCCGAUUGCGAGGAGGCGCACGUUCCCGGCUUCGAUGAUCAGCUUUGGCUUCACUUCAAUCGCCUUCCUGCUAGGUACGCGUUGGAUGUAAAUGUUGAGAGGGCAGAAGAUGUUCUGGCUCAUAAAAGAUUGCUCAAGUUGGCGGAGGAUCCCGCAUCUCGACCUGCAUUUCAAGUUCGGUUAGUACAGGUAUAUCCUUUUGGUGGUGCAAAUUAUUCUGAUUCCAUACAUUCAGAUCCUUCUGAAAUAGAGGAUGCUCAGAGUUCUCUUAACUAUUCUUUAAAGCAGGGAAUUCAUCCACCACCCCACAUUGGUUCAUCAUCUAAUCUAGAAGCCUCCUUGCAACUUUCAAACAACCAAAAUAACAUUGAAGAGGGGGAAAAACUAAUCUUUUACUUACUAAAUUUUAGGCCCAUGCACGAGAUUACCUUUUCAACAGUUGACAAGCCUAAACUCCUUAGUCAGUUAACAUCAAUACUUGGUGAGAUGGGACUGAAUAUUCAAGAAGCUCAUGCAUUUUCCACCACUGAUGGAUUUUCUCUGGAUGUCUUUGUUGUUGAGGGAUGGCCCAAUGAGGAAACUGAGGAGCUGAAAGGUGUGUUAGAAAAGGAAAUUUACAAGGUUAAGGAGCAGAAUAUGUCAAAUCAGGGCAUACAUUGUGCUGCCAAUGAUCAUUACCAGACAAGGAUAGAGCAAUCCCCUCAUUGCAUUCAAAUACCAACUGACGGAGCUGAUGUCUGGGAACUUGAUACCAACCAGCUGAAAUAUGAAAACAAAGUUGGCUCUGGGUCAUUUGGUGACUUGUACAGAGGUACAUAUUGCAGUCAAGAUGUUGCUAUCAAAGUUCUGAAGCCUGAGCGUAUAAGUACAGAUAUGCUGAAGGAGUUUGCACAAGAAGUUUAUAUCAUGAGGAAGAUUCGACAUAAGAAUGUUGUUCAGUUCAUCGGCGCAUGUACCAGGCCCCCAAAUCUUUGUAUUGUUACGGAGUUUAUGUCUAGGGGAAGCUUAUAUGACUUUCUGCACAAACAAAGAGGUGUAUUUAAGCUUCCAUCUUUGCUAAAAGUAGCAAUUGAUGUUUCCAAGGGAAUGAACUAUUUGCACCAAAAUAAUAUAAUUCACAGGGACCUCAAGACUGCCAAUCUUCUGAUGGAUGAAAAUGAAGUGGUAAAGGUUGCUGAUUUUGGGGUUGCUAGAGUGCAAACUCAGUCUGGUGUGAUGACAGCUGAAACUGGAACAUACCGUUGGAUGGCUCCUGAGGUAUAAAUUUUCUUGGAUCAUGGUACUUCCUGUUUC